ACGACACGCUGCACGGAGAGGGCGUGUGGUAUGGAUUUAUUAGGAAUCGGAGGGAAUCCUUCUUCCAAUAGCGUGCGUGAGACGGCGGGGCGUGGGGUGGAGAGACUCGAGAGCAAUACCAUUGCCUCACCCCGAGACCAUCCCAUGCUUCAAAUAGGCAGCAGCCAGUCCCAGGAGGUGAAGAAGACACACUACCCAUACAAGGAGCCUCGGAUCGACCAAAGGAUGUAUCAAGCAGACAUUCCUGCUUUGCAAGGCGGGGAUUCUAAUAGAGCGGUUACGAGGGGAUCGUCGUCUCCGCGUGCUGCAACUCCUGAUCUCCGCCCGGGCCAGGUGUCAGCGCACGAAAAUUGCGUGUGGUCACCCUCUCUAAUUGGACGAAGCGAAGUGGACCGAUUCCUCCUGUUCGGGAGAAACCUUCUGCAACAGUCUUCAGGGGAAGCUGUCGGAGGGUACGAUUCGGACGUCUUCAAGUGGCGGCAUGGCGCCAACAACUCUCUAGCUCCAGACGAGUCGGAUGAGAUGGCACUGGAGUUUCUCCACAAGCACGCGGGCGAUCUCAGUCGCGCUCAGUUUCAUAUGACAAGCCAGGUCUCCGGGGGUGCAGGUGGACGGUCGCUUGAGGUGAGUGAAGCCAAGCGAGGGCCACCCCAGCAGCUAUCAUCCUGGCAAUCCGCGUAUACCAGGCGUUUUAACGCGCUAGGCUUCUUUGAGAGCUCCGACGCUGGAGGCUACAUGUACCCCUCUGAGCUGGUUCGGAAGAACUUGGAGAAUUCCUCAGACGAAGAGGAAACUGGAUGGGAUCCAGAGCGGGAGGAGGAUGGAUGUGACGACGGGGAUGACGACGACGCUGCCGACUCCGGCGAGGCAGAAGAAGAUGUUACCGAAGUCGGACCCAUUACCGUCCCACAGGACUUGGAACGAUCCCGACGAGGUGCGGACAGGGCUGCCUUCAAGAAUCGCUGGAAAGCAGUGCAAGAGCGAGUGCGCGGAAUUCGCCACACCCGCAAACCUUCCCCAAAACCGUCUCUUGAGCAGUGCGUUGCUAUUCUGGACGAGGCCGCCUCUCUCCCUCCGCCGGAGCAAGCCCCUGGAGAGGAUUUCGUGGACCAGGCUCAACAAUCGGUGGCAUUGAUCUGGGAUAUGGUAACGAAGGCCCGAGAGUGGGUUGCGAACGUCGCGGACGUUCUCAAUCCGGGCUUGGACCCACGAAAGGUGAACGGGGACAGUGCUGCUAGCAUAGCGGACCUCCAGAGACUUUUGUCAGAAGCAAACAAUCUGAACGUGAGCGUUGCGGAGGCGGAUGAGGUGGCACGCAUUAUUCACGCGGCUGGUGAAUGGCAACGCAAGGUGGACGAAAUCCUUACUACUCUCCAAGCUCCGGUCCGGGGUAGAGCCGGGCGCUCGAACUGCGUCCAGCUUUCGACUCUGCGUAACGUCCUCGACGAGGCGGAGCUCAUUCCUGUCUACUUGGACCAGAGACUACAACUACAGGAACGAGUUCAAAGUACCACCGCGUUGGCAGCUACCAUCGCGGAGGUGUUUCCUUCUGGUCGACGCUUGAAGCCACAACCGGCUUUGGCUACGGCUCAAACGCUAAUGGACAGAGUGAAGGCGUCCGGGUUAGAUUUUCCGGAAUCGUCCAGGCUCAAAAAACACCUUGCCGCCGUGAAUGAUUGGCUUAGCAAAGCAAGAGCUGCAUUGGCGGGUUCCAUCCAGCUCCGCGAGCUUGACAAGCUCCUUACCGAGGCCGACAAGCUGGCGGUGGACCCGGGCCCGAAACUCUCUGAACUUCGCGCCAAGAUGGACAAAGCACGCGUGUGGCUGGACAAGGUUCGCAAGGCUGUGCCAAAGCAGAGAUCAACCCGGCGCAACGCUCCGGAUGCUGAGGCCGAAAAGGUGGACUUGAGCCAUGUGAAGGGUCUGCUCAGAUCUUCAUCGACUACUGGAGUGGAAAUGGACAUGAAGGAAUUCAGCCAUACAAAUGACCUAAUCGAAAAUGCAGAAGAGUGGAUGACACGAGUGAAGGACAUGCUCGAGUCUGGCGAACCGACCACGCUACAGGCACUGGAAGCCCUGCUCAUCGAGGCGGAAGGCAUUCCAGUCCAAAUGGAGGAGCAACAACUGCUCACAGUUGGCAUCAAGUCGCGACAGUGGCGGAUUCGCGUUGAUGCUACUCUUGCUGCCGGUAAAUCGAAACUGCACUCCCUGCAAGACCUCGCAACCGAGGGCGGAACGCUGCGGGCGGGAUUCCCCAAGGAUGCUAAGAACCACCGGGUGUAUGCCUUUCUAGACGAGAGCAAGCUGCAAGCCCUCAUCAAACGGGGAAAGGCGUGGACGACCAAGGCAAAGAACUGCAUUCAAUCCAUGCAAACUGGGCGUUUGAUGUCUGCCGCUCACCUACUCAACUUGCUGGAGGAGGCGAAGUCAAUCAAAGUUAACCUUUCCCCCGAGGUGGAUUCUCUGCGCCAGGCGGUAAAAGAUCUUUGCGAGUGGCGCGCAGACUACGAGCACAUUUUGCGUCCGCUUGGGCUAUGUUCUGGACUGCCGCCGUUGCAUGAUCGGGACCCAAACACCGCGAAUGCUACUAGCAGCGAUGCGUCCUCCAAACACGCAGGCCCCGUGGGCGGUGGUGAGGGAAGUAUCACCAAGAUGGAUGUUGACGGUAACACCUCGCAAGGCGAUACACGCGAAAUUUGUUCGUACGGCGCAGGUGGGGGGGGGGCGGGGUCCCGAGCGGCUGGGGAAAAGAUCACGUUGCAGAAUCUGUCGGCCUGUAUCCAUGCAGCGGAGAAGAUCGCGGUUGGCCGCAGCCUGAAAGAGGUGCGAGAAAUGCGCGCGGUGUUGCAACGUGCGAACGAUUGGAUCGAGCAGUGUCAAAGCUUGUGUCCUCGGCGCCAAAGCAAGCGCCGCGUCCAGCCCAGUAGCAAGCCAACCUUCGAUCGCCUUAAGAGCUUAAUAGCAGAAGGCCUGGCCUCGCCAGUGGGGGUCACGGACGAGGUGAACCGAGUUCGGAGGCACAUUGCUGAGGCUGAGUCAUGCCAGCAAAGCGCACAGUCGGUAAUUGACAAGGCGUGCAGUGACUUGGCUGACCAAACAGUCGAACGGAAGGAACUCUGGCGUAAGGAAGACGAAGAGUGCCGACAAAGAGGAAAUUCACGGCAGGAAAGGCAGCCUUCUGAAAUUCCCGAAGACUCUGCACAGCGCAUUCAAGCAGCAGAGGGAGGCAAAAAAUACGAGAACCGACAAAGAAAACCAGCUGGUGUUGGGAACGAUGGCGACUCAGACGACGAAAGCGACGAUGUGGACCGUGAGGACGAACUGGACGAAGCAGAGGAGGCAAUCGGAAAGGCAUUGGAGCAACUCCUUCUAACGUCUAGGGACAUCACCGUAUUCAUGCCCGAGGAGCUCGUGGCAGAGAAAGUGCAAAAGAUCAUCGGGUGGGCCAGGAGCGUAAGGGAAAGCGCGUCCUUUGCUGGCGACGGCUUGCAGCUAAGCCAGGCGAAGGAUAUCGUCAAGGUUGGCAAAGGUGUACUUGACCUCAACGUUGACAACGAACUGGAGGGGAAAGCGCUAACGCCGAGUAUCGUCAAGUCUUUGGAGGUUGUCAUCAAUUGCUACCAGGGCAAGGUGGAAGAGAUCCAAAAAAAGCUGAAAAAAGCAGAAGCGUGGAUGGCGAAAGCUAAGGAGUUAGUCGGCAGGGAGACCGUCACGAUGGAGGACUUCGAGAACUUGCUCAAAACUGCUGAGGAUGUGGGGGUGGAGAAUGAAGACAUGUCAAAAAAGAUUAGGGCAGAGAUGGGACGAUGCAGGGCAUGGGGGGUCAAGGCUGAUUCUGCUCUAGAAGGGCCCAAGCUCGGCCUUAACGCCUUGAAGAAACUUAUCGUGGAAGGAGAGAAAAUCAAGACAUCCGGCAAGAAGCUCAAGGAUUUGAAGCAUCAACAAAAGCUGGCGCUCAGGUGGACGACACGGCUGAAGAAGACGGGUAUAGAGAAAGGGACGGCAAGCAUCAACGAGCUCAAGUCCAUGAUUCCCGAAGCUGCCGAUAUUCGCGUCGACCUGACCGACGAUAUUCGUGUCCUAAAGCAAGCCACAUGCAGCUACUGCAUCUGUAGCAGGCCUGGCGAGGAUCUAGGUCCCUUAGUGGAUUGCAAGAAAUGUGGGGAAGGUUACCACCAAAUUUGCAUGGGCAUCAGUCCAGAGAAAGCUGCGGCUCUAGAGGCAUCUGAGGAAGGGUUCAAGUGCAUUCGCUGCCGCAUCAGCAGCCUUUUCACCAGCGCGGAACAAGCGAUGCUGACGGCGAUGAAGCGCUGGAUGCCGUCCACGUGCUUCGCGGACCAGGCAGGGUUCGAUGAGGCACCCCUCGGUGAUGUAUCAGGUGCGCCGGGUCGGGACCGUUGGCAAUCUUCGCAGAACUUUGCUGCCCUGGCUGGGGUAGUACGAGACGCCAUGAACCUUCCCCGCAAAAAGAUAAGGACCAGCCUUGGGGUGUUGUCCGAGGUGGAUAACAACAUCAACGCACUCUCAACACUUCCCUGGGGCAAAACUGCUUCAGGAGAAGAGCAGCACCAACACGCCAGGGCUAUGCUGUGCAGUUUGCGGGUGUUGCUGUGGUGCACCAUGGCGCAGUGGGCAGUGCGAAAGCCUCCAUCUGUGAUCCUGCUGUACGACCUCGUGUCGCAAGGGUCGCAACUCACACAAGUAGACCAUAACCUGCUGGAAACCCUGGGGCAUAUGGCGAAGAGGGCUUCGCUGUGGGAGGCAUCUGUGAGAGAUGCAUUUCGCGGCCCAGCAGAGAACGUCGACAGCCUCAUCGAUGUUGACACUCUCCAGAAGCUCCUCGAAGAAGCGAAGCAUAUCCCCGUGCUUCUUUCGUUGGAGCCGAAGGUUGUGGCAGCCCUAGACGAUGGAGGCAACCGCUACUGCCUUUGCCGAGGUCCAAACGACGGCACUUUUAUGGUGCAGUGCGACGAUUGUGAUCAAUGGUUCCACGGGAGCUGCGUCAACCUCAAGGAGGGUGACAAGAGUCUCAACAACUUCGAGUGUCCCGGAUGCGCAAAGAAGAAGGGUGGACAGUACACCCAUGGCACGAUAGAUGUGAAUGCUCUCAAGGAGCGCGGUGUUGCUGCCGCUGCUGUGGCGCCGGUAGAGGUCGCACCCCAGGGCGAGGAAGAGACAGGCGGCGACGACCCCGUCAGCAACACGUGUAUGUGGCCCCCGCCGGAGGCGGAGUAUUUCUUCGGAACGCUGGACCUGACUCAGCUUGCUGGUUCGGACCCGGGGCCACCUCCCGCACCGGAGCCAGAACCACCAGCAAGUGGAAUAAUGCAUGCAGCGAGUGAAGCAUACAGGUUCCAGGAGAUGCCACGAAUGGCGAUAGCAGCAUCGCAAGCACCUCCGGUCGAGCCGGAGACAACGCAGCACAUGGCACCGCAGUAUCCUGUGCAACAGUACUUGCCCGCCGCCGGAACAAGCCCGACAGGACCCCCUCCGUACGGAGGCCUAGCGUAUUACCAGCACUACCCACACGCCGUCGAUCCCUACAGUCGUCACUCCACCGACCACUACGGGCCUCACAUGGCAGCCCCCCAGCAGCAGGCCCUCCCGCCGGACCCGUACGCUUUUGCGACGGCCGGUACACCCGUGGUCGAGCGGGCUCCGGAGAGUGGAGAGGGGGCGAGGAAGAGGGCUGCUGAAGGCGCGGCUUCAACUGUUGCUACCGCAGGCAUCAAGAGGGCAAGAACUGACGAAACCCCUCUCAGCUGAAUGGCUUUUUUUUUUGUAAUUUGGAAUACGGUUCUUGCUUUCUGGUUUAGUGUAAGCAGUUUUCAGUAUCAGCAAGCGGUGCACAUCGUGGGUACCACCAUUUGUUCAGAGUUCCGGGAGUUAAAUCUCAAAUUUGAAAUUCACCAUAGCUGGCCUCCUGUCUUGCCCAUCUCCAUGGUCGGUGUACUGUGACAUCAGACCUGUCAUCAUGACACAUGACACGCGAAGGGACAAGCGAGCUUCAGUUGAAGCCAUGCCACGAUUCAGGACUGAGCGUUGUAGUUGGGUUCCAUUUUUGUAGCAAGUUGCAGACCCUUCCGGCAUUUUUAUUUCACUCAUGUAGAUGCAAUACCUUGGUUUUAGAAUCUGCGGAAAUGACCAAGGGAAUUCGUUACUAUCUGCAGGAUAAGGACGGUUGUCAUGGAGGGAUUAGGAGAAGGUGAAACAAGUUGCGUGCAUGUGCAACGGCGCAACUGGGGUGCGUUCAAUGGCUGUCUCCAAACUCAACACUGAUGGAAAAAAAUGCCAACAUUCGUCUUGGGUCGCUGUACUUGCACGACGUGACGAAAAAACGUGCAAACCGUUGUUGCUUGUGCUCACCGGUCUCGACUGUGGAGCCAUGAAAGAACACGCUCACCUCCGAAGUAUUGAACAUGCCGGGGGGGCUUGGUCCCACUGUUGCUGUUGGUUUGCGUGAGCUUAGGCCGCGGUAGGUAUACCUGGGUAUCGUUCACCCUCCUGAAGUGGGAGCCAUCUGUUUGCUGCGAUUUGGUAACGCAGUUCCGCAAAUUGGCCACCUGGAGUGCCCUACGGCGA